GUGUGUAAUAAAGUUAAAAUUAAUAUCAACGCUGUUCCAAUAAAGUUUCAGAUUGACUCAGGAGCCGAUGUAAACAUAAUAGAUGAGGACACUUUUGUUACAUUAAAAGGAAAAGUAACUCUAAAGAAAUCUAAUGCCAAAUUGUUUGCAUAUAACUCUUCAUCACCACUUUCCCUGGUCGGCAAGUUUACAGCAGCAAUAGCCACAAAGAAGCGGUAUGAUGUAGCAGAUUUCUAUGUGAUAAAAGGAUCAAGAUCAUCAGGAUGUCUGUUAGGUUCUACAUCAGCUGUAAAUCUCGGUAUAUUACACAUAGUCAACCAAUUGAAAUCUAAAGUUGGUACUACAUCAAAGGCAACUGAAGUAUCGGCAGGGGCUGUUCAUGCCAAAAGUAAACAGUCUAAUCCAGCAACACCUUUGAAAGGGAUGUUGGGUAAACUUGUUGCGUCGUACAAUGACAUUUUCCAGGGUAUUGGAAAAUUGAAAGGAGUGAAGGUGACACUUCAUAUUGAUGAGACUGUAAAGCCAGUGGCCCAGAAACACAGACGGGUACCAUUCCAUUUAAGAGAUAAAGUUGAAGCUGAAUUGUCUCGUCUUGAAGAGGCAGGUAUCAUUGAGACAGUGGAUUCUGCCACUGAUUGGAUUUCACCAAUAGUGAUAGCUCCAAAGAAGGACUCAAACGAAAUCAGAAUGUGUGUGGAUAUGGUUGAACCUAACCGGGCUAUCAAGAGGACCCGGCAUGUUAUCCCAACAGUAGAAGAGCUAAGACACAGAAACCCCGAGUCGUCACGUACGCAAGCCGAUCUCUGA